GGCGACCCCGCGCCGCCCGCCUGAGGAGCCCGCGCACAAAGCCGCGCCGCGGCCAUGGAAGAGGAGCUGAAGUGCCCGGUGUGCGGCUCGCUGUUCCGGGAGCCCAUCAUCCUGCCGUGCUCGCACAAUGUCUGCUUGCCCUGCGCCCGCACCAUCGCCGUGCAGACCCCGGAGAGCGAGCAGCACCUGCCGCCGCUGCUCCACUCCCGGGGCCCCGCGCCGUCCCCCGCCGCCGCGCCGGGAGCGGCGCCGGGAGCGGCCGCGGGCUCCGCCGCCUGCCUGGACGCGGAGAGCGCGGCGGGCGGCGGCGGCGGGGACCACGCGGACAAGCUGAGCCUGCACAGCGAGACCGACAGCGGCUACGGCUCCUACACCCCCAGCCUGAAGUCCCCCAAUGGCGUGCGGGUGCUGCCGCUGGUGCCCGCGCCCCCGGGGGCGGCGGCGGCUCCGCGGGGCGCGGGCCCCGCCAGCUCCUCCCUCACCUGCCCGCAGUGCCACCGGAGCGCGUCCCUGGACCAGCGCGGGCUCCGCGGCUUCCAGCGCAACCGGCUGCUGGAGGCCAUCGUGCAGCGCUACCAGCAGGGCCGCGCCGCCGCCGCCGCCGCCGCCAAGUGCCAGCUGUGCGACCGCAGCCCGCCCGAGCCGGCCGCCGUGCUGUGCGAGCAGUGCGAGGUGCUGUACUGCGCCGCAUGCCAGCUCCGCUGCCACCCGGCCCGCGGGCCCUUCGCCAAGCACCGCCUGGCCCCGCCGCCCGCACAGCCGGGCGCCCCCGGCGGCGGCGGGGACGGCGCCGGGAAGGGGGCGGGCGGCGGCCGCAAGCUGCCGACGUGCGCCGAGCACGACCUGGAGAACUACAGCAUGUACUGCGUGAGCUGCCGCAGCCCCGUCUGCUACCAGUGCUUGGAGGAGGGCAGGCACAACAAGCACGACGUGAAGGCCCUGGGAGCCAUGUGGAAGCAGCACAAGGCACAGCUAUCUCAGGCUUUAAAUGGUGUUUCAGAUAAAGCAAAGGAAGCGAAAGAAUUUUUGGUUCAGCUGAAAAAUUUAUUGCAGCAGAUCCAGGAGAAUGGGUUGGAUUAUGAAGCCUGUCUCGUGGCUCAGUGCGAUGCUUUGGUUGAUGCGUUAACACGGCAAAAGGCAAAACUGCUCACAAAGGUCACCAAGGAACGUGAGCACAAGCUGAAGGUUGUUUGGGACCAGAUAAAUCACUGUACACUGAAGCUACGCCAGUCAACAGGGCUGAUGGAAUACUGCUUAGAGGUUAUCAAAGAAAAUGAUCCCUCUGGGUUUUUACAGAUUUCAGAUGCUUUAAUCAAGCGUGUUCAGGUAUCUCAGGAACAGUGGGUCAAAGGAGCCUUGGAGCCGAAAGUAUCUGCUGAGUUUGACUUGACUCUGGAUAGUGAACCUUUACUGCAGUCAAUUCACCAGCUGGAUUUUAUUCAGAUGAAAUGUAGGGUGCCACCCGUUCCAUUACUGCAGCUGGAGAAGUGUUGCACCAGGAACAACAGUGUGACAUUGGCCUGGAGGAUGCCACCUUUGAGCCACAACCCAGUGGAGGGCUACAUCUUGGAACUUGAUGAUGGAGACGGUGGCCAAUUCCGAGAAGUAUAUGUUGGCAAGGAGACCCUCUGCACCAUCGAUGGCCUUCAUUUCAACAGCACUUACAAUGCCAGAGUCAAAGCUUUCAACUCCUCAGGCGUUGGUCCUUACAGCAAGACAGUAAUUUUACAGACGUCGGAUGUGGCAUGGUUCACCUUUGACCCCUCCUCAGCUCACAGAGACAUAGUGCUGUCGAAUGACAACCAGACUGCCACCUGCAACAGCUACGAUGACCGCGUGGUCCUGGGCACCGCCGCCUUCUCCAAGGGCGUGCAUUACUGGGAGCUUCACGUGGACCGCUACGACAACCACCCGGACCCAGCCUUUGGCAUUGCCAGGAUUAACGUGGUCAAGGACAUGAUGCUGGGCAAGGAUGACAAGGCAUGGGCCAUGUAUGUGGACAACAACCGCAGCUGGUUCAUGCACUGCAAUUCCCACACCAAUCGGACUGAAGGAGGAGUUUCUAAAGGUGCCACUGUUGGUGUGCUCCUGGAUCUGAACAAGCACAACCUGACCUUUUACAUAAAUGGGCAGCAGCAGGGGCCUCCAGCGUUUGAAAACAUUGAGGGCGUCUUCAUGCCUGCGUUGAGUCUCAAUCGAAACGUCCAGGUGACCCUGCACACAGGACUGGAAGUGCCACAAUCUGUAAAACAGCCCAAGUUGCCCAACAACUAAUGAAGCCCGUCUGACACUGUGCUGGAUUCUGUAAGCUUUCUCAGUGUGUUUUGACACUUUUCAGUAAGUCAGUAAAAAAGCAUCCUCUUCCCUGACUUCAAACACUGUGCAGCAUGCUGCUCACCGAAUAAUCGACUGGUUAGAGCUAGGCCCACUCCAUUUUCAACUUAACAGCCAUAGCAAGCACAUCCACUGGACUGGCACUCGACUGCAGAUGGGUAAUUGAACAUAUCUACUCUGCAUUGCAUACAUAUGUACACUCAUGUGCACACACACACAAACACAUCUGUAAAGCAAAAGGUUAAAUGAGUGUAAUUUCUCUCUCAUGGCUGGAUUUGUGCUUAAAUAUUAGGGAUGCUGGAAAAAAUGGGUGAGACUGAAGGACAGUGGAUGUUGGAGCAGUUUACCAGUAGAUGAACUGGAUUCCCUUGCCACCUGAAGUCCUUAAAUAAAGAAAGCAUAUGUUUUGACAGCUGAAGCAGAGGUUAUAUGCUCAAGAAUUCCUGGUUGUCAGUUACCUGGUUGCUCAAGAAUUUCUGGUUUUCAAUUACAUUCAGGGGCUCAAGUGAUCAUGGAUUUUUCCUUCUGACUCUAGACUGCAGUAAGCUAUAGGAUAAUGUCCCCUUAAAAUUCAGUGUCAGAACUUAUCUGCAGUGAGAACAAGAUUGAUUCCCAAAUGCUGUCAUGAAAUAGCUGGGUUCAUUUUAGCUAAUACCAUGAUACAUGCAGAAUUCGGGUACAGAAAGUCAAAAGAAAAAUAUCCUUGGUGCAUUUUAGUGUUUGUUAUUUAGGUGUGACUGCAGAGACACUUACAGAAGACCUGAUUGUGGUUAUCAGCACAACUCUUAUAAAACAGUGCAUGGGAGAUUCCUUUGAACUGAAAUGAUAUAAGAUUUAUUUAAAUAUAGCACAUACAAAGUCUCCCACAUUGAGAAAUGCUGUUUUCCAGCCUUGAUCCUAAGAAAAC